AUGCUCACCUCCUCGCUCCCGCCUCCCACCCUCUCGGGCUCCAAGCUCGUCGCCGCCACCGCCACCGCCACCGCCAUCUCCACCGCAUCCUCUGAACCAGCACUCGCCGGCGGGAGCGGCCGCAUCUCCGCCCUCAUUCGCUCCCUCUGCGCCGCCGGCCGCACCACCGAUGCUGCGCGCUCCCUGGACGCCGCGGGCGCCGCCGCUGGCAUCGUCGCCUACAACGCCAUGGUUGCUGGAUACUGCCGCGCCGGCCAGGUCGCCGCUGCGCGCCGCCUCGCGGCCGUCGUCCCGGUCCCGCCCAACGCCUACACCUACUUCCCCAUCGUCCGCAGCCUCUGCGCGCGGGGACGGAUCGCCGACGCGCUCACGGUGCUCGACGAAAUGUCCCACAGGGGAUGCGCGCCUAUCCAGCCCAUGUACCACGUCAUCAUCGAGGCCGCCUGCAGGGGCGGCGGCUUCAGGAGCGCCGUGAGGGUUCUUGAGGCAAUGCACGCCAAGGGCUACACUUUGGACACCGGCAACUGCAACCUGGUCAUCAACGCCAUCUGCGAGCAAGGGUGCGUGGACGAGGGAGUAGAGCUGUUGAGGAAGUUGCCUUUCUUUGGGUGUGAGCCGGACGUUGUUAGCUACAACGCUGUGUUGAAGGGCCUGUGUAUAGCCAGGCGAUGGGGGGACGCGGAGGACCUCAUGGACGAGAUGGUUGCGGUGGAUUGCCCGCCCAAUAUCAUAACUUUCAAUACCCUCAUUGGUUAUUUGUGCAGGAACGGCUUGUUUGAGCAGGUGCAUCAGGCCCUUUUGCAGAUGUCCGAGCAUGGGUGCACACCAGAUAUAAGGAUGUAUGCGACCAUCAUCGACGGGAUUUGCAAGGAGGGGCAUCACGAGGUUGCAAAUGAGAUUUUGAGUAGGAUGCCUUCUUAUGGUCUCAAGCCCAAUGUUGUCUGCUACAACACUGUGUUGAAGGCCCUAUGCAGCGCUGAGCGGUGGGAGCAAGCCGAGGAGUUACUCGCUCACAUGUUUCACAAGGAUUGCCCCCUGGAUGACGUGACAUUCAAUAUACUUGUUGAUUUCUUUUGCCAAAACGGGUUGGUCGACAGGGUCAUUGAACUUCUCGAGCAGAUGCUGGAGCAUGGAUGCAUGCCAGAUGUCAUCACCUACACUACGGUAAUCAAUGGAUUUUGCAAACAAGGGCUAAUCGACGAAGCUGUCAUGCUUCUCAAAAGCAUGUCAUCCUGUGGAUGCAAGCCAAAUACCAUAAGCUAUACUAUUGUGUUGAAAGGUUUGUGCAGCGCAGAGCGCUGGGUUGAUGCCGAGGAGCUUAUGUCUCAUAUGAUUCAGCAAGGCUGUCUUCCAAAUCCUGUUACAUUCAAUAUGUUCAUGAAUUUCUUGUGCAAAAAGGGAAUGGUGGAGCAGGCAAUCGAACUUCUUAAGCAGAUGUUACUGAAUGGAUGCAGUCCUGACCUUAUUACUUAUGGUACACUCAUUGAUGGACUUGGUAAAGCUGGCAAGACGGAGGAAGCAUGGGAACUGUUAAAUGUUAUGGUCAGUAAAGGGAUCACUCCAAAUUUAAUAAUUUAUUCAUCAAUGGCAUCUGCUCUAUCUAGUGAAGGUCGAAUCGACAAGGUUAUUCAGAUGUUUGACAGCAUCCGAGAUGACACAAUAAGGUCUGAUGCAGUUCUCUGCAAUGCAGUCAUUUCUUCGCUUUGCAAAAGAUGGGAAACAGAUCGUGCUAUUGAUUUUCUUGCUUACAUGGUGUCAAAUGGAUGCAUGCCCAAUGAAUCAACCUACACUAUACUUGUUAAAGCUUUAGCUAGUGAGGGAUUUGUGAGGGAGGCACAAGAUUUGCUGACUGAACUGUGCUCCAGAAGAGUUGUAAGAAAGCACUUGAUGAGGCAUUUUGGUGUUGUAUGAACAAAUAGUCCUUAACACCAUAUGCUGGUGAAAGAAGGAGAUUAAUGUGCUGCAAUUGGCAGGAUGGGUUUGUCUACUUGAAGCUUCAGCAGCUCAUGAUGGUUGACCUUAGUUCUGCAUAUCAGCUGUAGCAUUAAUCUGCAGACAGAAGACUUCAAACAGUUACGAAGGAAUUAACCCGCAAUCCAGCCUUUUCUGGCUGAUAUCUCCUGUUACAAUUUCAUUGUGGUGCUGAUUAGCUGUCAGGACCCAAAGUCUGACGAGAUAAAAAAACCAGUGUUUAGAUGCAGUUAACUGUUUGAGUUUGGAGGAUACUCUGUGUGUUGGAAUCAAUAUCAACCGUUGAACAUUUCAGCUUGCUACUUACCGCGUCAACUCCAUCGAGCUAUUGACAUCGAUCCUGCAUCCAACAGCCGGGACUCCUCCAACGGUCGCUGUUCAAAUCAGCCCUGCUUUACACCUGUACUUUGACUCAACCACUCUGUUGUUUUUCAUAUUUUUCGCUUAGCUUUAUAGUCCCGCUCCCUCUAGGUUCUGGGCAUCAUUCUUGUAAUCGUUUUAAACCCUAGUCUGUCCUUACCUUCCUCUGUAGUCGACUAUAUCGCUUGCAAUCAAUCACUGAGCUUCGUGCUA